AUGUUACAAGAGAACGACGAGGAAUAUCAGAAGGAACGAUUUCUUUAUAUAUUGUUGAUGACAGUGAAUGUGUCCAUAACAUUGGUGGUAAUGUUGGCGGCGUGUCUCUGUUGCAAGAAAAAAUUGCCAAAAAAUGACCUUUUGGGUUUGGAGGGCAUGGUCAAACUGAAAAAUCCCGAUGAAGUGAUAGUUGUGACACAAAUCAAUGCCAGUGAAUCACAUGUUGAUCUUAAUAAUUCCACAGUUUCCCAAGCGGAUUCAGAAAAGAGGGCCAGCACAGCAGCCCAUCGUUCCUUACCCGAUAUUCCGGUGGCUGAUGCAAACGGUGAUACCGGCUCUGAGCUCUAUGAAACUGUGGCGGAUAAAAUGCUUAUGGAUGCACAAAAUCAAAAUAAAAGUCCUACACCAAGUUUAAAGAAACAAAUCAGUGUUUCCCAGCACAGUUCCAUAAGUCAAGCAGAUGAUGUUAGUUCUCCCUAUUCGAGAGUUAAGAAUUCACCACAUGACUAUGCAAAGGUACGUCCCACAGAGCAUCCAUAUGCACAGUUAAAUGCACCAUCAACAUCGCAUUUAGCAUCAUCGGCGGCCUCUACUAAUUCCAUUGUAGACGGCGCCCAAACACAUCAACAACAACAACCACACCAUCACAAUACAUCAGGUACUCAGCUGAAUGCUAACAAUAACGAACCAUCCAUCCAUCAACAGCGGACAUCACAUCACAGUGAUAAUAAUAAUGCCGAGCAUGUUAACGAUAAUGGUCAACAUGAAGCUGAAAUACCCGCUGCUUCGGCUAUUGCCGGUAUGAUUUCGGCUAGCCAAGAUUUACCGUAUAUGACUCCGCCAAUAGCUAACCAACAUUUUAGUGGUGAUUCACAGGAUUCGUCAAAAGGUUAUACCAGUAUAAGUGUACGUGAACCAUUGGCGAAUAUCUUGGCACAGCAACCACCGGCCCAAGCGGCUACACGUCCAACUGGACAUUCACGGGAUGUAAAUGAUUCACAUUAUGCUACCGUCUCGGAUGAUUCAGAUGAAACCUAUGCAGCUAUUGAAGAUCCCAACAAUCGACCACAAACAAAUGUCACAACCGAUAUUUAUACAAGUGGCUCGGAAACAUAUGCCCAAAUUCAACCAAUGCAAUCCCCAAAUUCAAUGGUAGUUUCAGUAGAAAUAAAUAAUCCAAAUGCAAAUACUUCAACUACGACGGUACAGUUACCACCGGUCAGCAGUGGUGGUAGUCAUGCAACACCAAUACCACCGCCAGUGGAUAGUUUAAGAGCACAAAUGCAUUCGAGGCAGGCCUCGGCAUCGUCUAACAACAGUACUUCUCUGUGUAAUUUAGGUUCACCGAAACCGGAAAAACGUCAAGCCAAUUCACCGCUACCGCCCACACCAAAAUCGAAUAUUUCCUCGUCCAACAGCCAGUUACAGGCGUUGAGUUCGAGCAAUUUGACAUCGGGUCGCAACUCGGUAAUAUCUGUGAUUGAAUGUUCCGGCGAACUAAUGGAAGAGGGUGUCACCGAUGUACCACUUGAAAGUUCACCGCAACGGCGUAAUAAAAGUUUAAGUCCUUCCAAGGAUAUUGAAGGCAUGUAUGCUAAGGUAAUCAAAAAGAACAAAUUCUCACGAAAUUCCCCAUCAUCCCAGAACAGUUCACCCAUAUUGCAAAGAAAAUACACUGCCGAAGAUAGUGCCUCUGCGGCUUUGGGUGUUAGUCCAUUGGAUAAAUUAGAAAAUAAUUCAUAUAGUGUCAAUAGUGAUCGUCGCAUACGCAGCAAUAGUUAUGGAGCUUCUAAAGAUCAUGGCUAUGAAACAAUACCCGCAGAUGCAAUGCGUGCUGGUGGUGGUAAUUCCACGCAAGGUAUUAUGGAAAAUCGUAAAUCGGAUGGUUAUGCUCACAUACUGCAGAAAGAGCGUCAACGUGAAAAUGUUCAUAACUCAUCUGUACCGCCACCACCGAUAAAUGUCUACAGUGUACAAUUAAGUAAUAGUGAUAAACAUUAUGAAACUAUAGCACCACCACAACCAUCGUCAAUGGCCGUCAAUGCCGCCAGCAGUAGCAGCAGUUCAGGAAAUGAUCCCGGUUAUGAGACUUUAGAAAAACCAAAAAAUCCACAUCAUCCACCAAGGCUGCAAGAUGAUUGUGAAAAGAAAUCCUCAGAUUAUGAUCCAAACUAUGAGGUAUUAAAAGGGCCGACAAAUUCCGCCGGAGCCUCGGAUGAUGGUUAUGCCAAAGUAUUGGAAAAGAAAAACAUACUGGUCGACGGUGAAGAUUCCCUUGAUGGCUACAGUAAUGUGAGGGGUGAGACGGAAACGGCAGCCGGUUAUAGUACCAUCGCUGAUGUUAAACGCACCGAUGCCAAUCAUAAUUACGCAAGUAUUUUGGAGACAAAACGUGAAGCAAUUGCUGGUGGUGGUGGAGACCAAUUAGAGACUGAUAGCGAUCAUUAUGCACGCAUUGCUGAACGGAAUAGUGCAGCAGCACGUACCCCACCAAAUCUACCGCUGAGCUCAUCACAAAAAUCAAUGGUAGACGAUGAAUUGUUAACACCACGCACCACCACUGAACUAUCCAUUACAUCACCAACGUCCAUUACCAGUAGUUCUAUGCUUAAUACCACCAGCUCGAUCAAUUCCACUUCCACAAAUUUAACAACCACUAGCACAAUUAGUUCACGACAAACACCUACCUCAUCUUCUCAAUAUGAAUCCCUUACAGGCAGUGAAACAGAUCCCAACUAUGAAUCCGUCUGCUAUUUGAAUGCAUCAGGAGGUCAGGAGGAGAAUCCGUAUGAGCGUUUGCAUACGGAAAUAUCGGAUGAUAUAACGCAGCUAAGUAGUCCAGAGGCAUCAAGUGGCCAUACCAACACCACCAGCACCCACACAACAACAAAAAGUGACAACAGCAGUAGUAGCAGUUCGGCAGCUAUGGUAGAACAGCAGCAGCAACAUUCCAAAAUGUUAAAGGCAAAUGGUUCAAAAAUCAAUGUAACAACCAAUCAACCAGAUCCUACUACAACAGCAAAUGAUAUUUUGGUUGAUGACUAUUUUCAAGUAUAG